AGUUCACAGAAAGUAAAUAAAUGCUGGUGAGAUAUCCAGAGCAUCCAGGAGGGAGACUUGAUGGCAGGCAGUGACAAGACAACUGAAGACAAAAUAAAAGAGUGAGUGUUGAAGACAAACCGGGAGGCACAGGGGGAAAGCUUGAGAAAAACAACACAAGAGCCAUCUAGAGGAUGAAGAAGAGUGUUGCUGUAGUUGUGUUGCUGAGUCUCCUCUCACUGGGACACUCGGCUCCUCUGAGCAGCUGUGAAAGUCUGCUAAAACCCAUCACUCUCAGCAAUGAAGACAUGUUGGGAAAGUGGCUGUACAUUGGCGGGAGCUCUGACCUCCCAGGGAGCCGUUCACUGGGCCAUCUGAUGACCAGUGCGUGGCUGGACGUCACUGCAACCACCCAGAGCAACAUCCUCAAUCUCAUCCAGACUCAGAGACUAUAUGGCAAAUGUUCCAGCUUGACAUACAAUGUGACCUUUGAAAACAGCACAAUGUUAAUUGAGCAACCAUUCUACCUCAAGGAAGUCUACCUGACGACUGACUGCUCCGACUGUCUGGUUGUCCAUGAAACAGUCAUUUCUAGCAAAGAUACUUUCACCAGUCUUCUGCUUUUUAGCAGGAGACAGAGUGUCUCACCUGCUGUUGUGGAGACGUUUAAGACACAAGCAGAAUGUCUCCAGAUGUCGUCGCCCAUAAUGAUAGACACAAACUACGAAAUCUGCCCAGACAACAUCUCGCCCUCGGAGGGUAACAGCGCCCUCAACUCUUUAUUAGAGGCCAAGAUGGGACAUAAAGUUGCAAGACUCCUGGAUGUUUUUUUUGAUACAUUUGUGAACUGAUUUACAAUUGGGUGUCAAGGUAAUAAUGUAUGGGAAAGUGUGGAAUUCCUUCCCUGAUUUACAUAAUUAGGCCUCAAUAUGAAAAUGUAAUAAAAAUUUAAAUGGAGGAACUGCCUUGUUUUCUCAUUAUUA